UAAACUGUACAAUUCCUGUAUUAAAGGCGGAAUACUGCUGUUUGUAGUGGAACGUGGUGGUGAAGUAAAGCAAAAAUAUGGGUGGCUUCAAUUGGUCUCAGACUUGUCUGGUAUCUUAAAUGCCGAUUAUGGUAGAAUGGACAAUUUCAGAGAUAACAUUAGCUAAAAUGAAACGAGAGUAAGAGAGACUACAGAACAAUUGUUAACAAAUAAACGUUACAGAUUUUAUUUGUGCUUCCACUGUAAAUCUAAUUUUGAUUUGUUGUAUUCUUGAUAUGUUGACCCUUUGGUUAAAUGAUUUAUUGAGGGUCUUGAGAGUAAAUUCAGUGUUUCCGCAUUAGCACGUAGUUGUGAAGUGAAGUAAAAACAAUACAUCUUGUCAAUACUUGUAGGAUUAUCUUUCGCUGCAAAUUACAGCUGCAGGUCUUUUGCGCGUCUAGUGACUUUUUUUUUUGCUUUUCUUUGCAAAACCGUUCAAGCUCAGCCAGGUGGAUAGAGAGCGUAUGUGAACAGGACGUUUCAUGUAUUGCCACAGAUGCUCAAUAGGAUUAAGGUAGUAGCUGCUGCAAGAUAAGUGUAUGAUGGAAAAGAUGAUUAGAGGGAGAGUUCCUGCGAGUAUGCAGACAUUUAUGAUUGACAUGACUCCAGAGAAGGAAGAGCUGAGAGACUGGGAAGAGGGGGAACCCGACCCUGUAACAGGACCCUUUCAGACUGCAUCUGAAGCUCUGCUGAGUCCAGCUGGAACAGACAUGGUGGCCUCCAGACUUUGCGGACUCUGCUUAUCCAAAUCCUGUUGCUACACCUGUCCCAGGUGUAAUGUCCCGUACUGUGGACUCAGCUGCUACCGUGGCCCAGCUCAUUCAGCGUGUUCGGAGGAGUUCUAUAAGGAAUUCGUGUCCGAGGAGUUGAAGUGCUCUGAUGUCACAGGGGACGAAGGGCGAGCUCAGAUGCAGGAGAUCCUCCUGAGGCUGAAGAGCAGUGCUGCUGUGAGCGGGGGGCUGGAAAAUGUGUUAAAAUGUGAAAAGGAGGAGAGCAGGGAAGAUGUGACAGAAAAAGAUUUUGUGGCACUGGAGUUGCUGACCAGACUGGCAAAACUACAGGCCAGCGGAAAGGAGGAAAAGGAGGUUCAGGAAAUACUGCAGAAACUAAAAAACAUGGAAGAAGGUCCUCACAGUGAAGAAGAAGAAGAAGAAGAAGAAGAAGAAAAAGAUGAGACUCUUGCAUGUAAGCUUUCAGGGGUGAAUAUUAACUCUCUAACAGAAGAGGAGCUCUGGGAUCUUCUGCCAUCCCAGGACAAGGAGCAGUUUGAGCGCCUUGUGAUGGCAGGAGGUAUCGCAGGCUUGGUGCCACUGUGGAGGCCCUGGUGGGAAAGACAUGAACAGACCACCAAAUCAUUUGUAGAGGAACUACAGUCAGAGAAGGAUGAGGCACAACUGAGUGACCAGAAGGGAGGACAGGGUUUCACAGGUCAAAAUGCAAAUAAGGAAACACAGAUGAACAAUUUACAACCAGUUCAAACAGACCAGUGCCCACCCCAAGUCAGACAGGGUCUUAAAAAACAGAACGUUUUGUCCAAAAAAAAAGGCGGCCCAAACUCUGCUCCACUUAUCAGUACUAAAAUCCUGCCCCUUCACAAACUGUCCUCCAGCCACUCCCCUCUAGUCCAGUUCAGCAUGGUCAACACCCUUUACGGCUAUGCCUUUUCUCUUUGUCUGUUUAAUGGAGACAUUUCUGAGUCAGAGCAAAUGCUGGACUUUUGCCGAACAGUUUUGGAGAUUUCUGAGAGUCUGGACACGGGCAGGGUGUUUUCCUCUCUUUCUGAGGCUUUAGAGGGCGCCACUAUUGCAGUUUCAGCAUCUGGAUGCUCAGACAGAUCUGAUUUGGAUGCUCCAGUCCGAGCCUUACAUGCUGUAGCUCAUAUUCUGACUGGGCAAAGUAAAGAUGACCCAACAGGCUAUUCGCUGUCUGCCCUGACACAGCUCUGGAUGGUUUUCAAGGAGGCCCGAGCAUCUGUUUCUAAGGAGGAGAAGCAGUGGAAAAGGAGAUUUUUUCUGGCAGGAAAGAAGUGUGAGUUUUUUCAGUCCUGGGUCAAGGAGAACACUGAGAUUGUUAAGAGCUUAGCAAGGCAGGCAUGGAGAGAGUACAACUGGAAACAAACUGAAAGAAAGACUUUGGAAAGCGAAAGAAAAGUGGUGGAAGAGCGAUGGAAAAAGGGAAGAGGGAAAAUGCUGAUAGAGGAGAUUUAAGUGUUUUAACAAAAUAUAUUUUCUGCACUUCUUUCAUCUUCUCUAAGACAAUAAAAUAAUAUUAAUCAAAAAAUGACAUUUUUAAA